AUGGUGAACGAAAAUCCUUUCAAGUCUAUAUUGAAGACACUUGAGAAGCCUGGUGGCGAAUUUGGCAAGUACUAUAGCUUGCCUGCUCUCGAAGACCCCAGAAUUGAUAGAUUGCCAUAUUCAAUUAAGAUCCUUUUGGAAUCGGCGAUCAGAAACUGCGACGAAUUUCAGGUUAAGAGUAAGGAUGUUGAGAAGAUUAUUGAUUGGGAGAAUACUUCUCCUAAACUAGUUGAAAUUCCAUUCAAGCCUGCUAGAGUUCUUCUUCAGGAUUUCACUGGUGUUCCUGCUGUUGUUGACCUUGCUUGCAUGCGAGAUGCGAUGAAUAAUCUGGGAGGUGAUUCUAAUAAGAUCAAUCCAUUGGUUCCAGUUGAUCUUGUUAUUGAUCACUCGGUUCAGGUUGAUGUGGCAAGGUCAGAAAAUGCAGUGCAGGCAAAUAUGGAGCUUGAGUUCCAGAGAAACAAAGAAAGAUUUGCUUUCCUUAAAUGGGGCUCAAAUGCUUUCCAAAAUAUGCUUGUUGUUCCUCCUGGGUCUGGUAUAGUUCACCAGGUCAACUUGGAAUACCUUGGGAGAGUGGUGUUCAACUCAAAUGGUUUGCUUUACCCUGAUAGCGUUGUUGGAACAGACUCGCACACUACCAUGAUAGAUGGAUUAGGUGUUGCUGGUUGGGGAGUUGGUGGGAUAGAAGCUGAGGCUGCAAUGCUUGGCCAGCCGAUGAGCAUGGUCCUGCCUGGUGUGGUUGGUUUUAAGUUAUCAGGAAAACUUAGAGAUGGUGUUACAGCGACUGAUUUGGUUUUGACUGUAACUCAAAUGCUGAGAAAGCAUGGGGUUGUUGGCAAGUUUGUUGAGUUCUACGGUGAGGGCAUGAGUGAAUUGUCACUAGCAGACCGUGCUACUAUUGCCAACAUGUCUCCUGAGUAUGGUGCAACCAUGGGUUUCUUUCCUGUGGAUCAUGUCACACUGCAAUAUCUGAAACUAACAGGCAGAAGUGAUGAAACUGUCUCUAUGAUAGAAUCCUAUUUAAGAGCUAACAAGAUGUUUGUGGACUACAGUGAGCCCCAGAUUGAGAGAGUGUACUCUUCUUAUCUAGCAUUGAACCUUGAGGACGUGGAACCUUGUAUAUCAGGACCUAAGAGGCCCCAUGAUCGAGUUCCUUUGAGAGAAAUGAAAGUUGAUUGGCAUGCAUGCUUAGACAACAGGGUUGGAUUUAAGGGAUUUGCUAUACCAAAAGAAUCUCAAAGCAAGGUUGCUGAGUUCAAUUUUCACGGGACUCCGGCCCAACUCAGGCAUGGUGAUGUUGUCAUAGCUGCUAUUACUAGUUGCACAAAUACCUCAAACCCUAGUGUCAUGCUCGGAGCUGCUUUGGUUGCAAAGAAAGCUUGUGAACUAGGAUUGGAGGUAAAACCAUGGAUUAAGACAAGUCUUGCUCCAGGUUCUGGGGUUGUAACCAAAUACUUGGAAAAGAGUGGCUUGCAGAAGUAUCUGAAUCAGCUAGGAUUUCAUAUUGUUGGUUAUGGAUGCACUACUUGCAUUGGGAAUUCUGGAGAUAUAGAUGAAGCUGUGGCGUCAGCUAUCACUGAAAACGAUUUAGUGGCUGCUGCUGUGUUGUCUGGGAAUAGGAAUUUUGAGGGUCGUGUCCAUCCUUUAACAAGAGCUAAUUAUCUUGCUUCGCCCCCACUUGUGGUAGCCUAUGCACUUGCUGGAACGGUGGAUAUUGAUUUUCAGACAGAGCCAAUUGGUGUAGGAAAAGAUGGAAAGAAGAUACUUUUCAGGGAUAUUUGGCCCUCUAAUGAUGAAGUUGCUCAAGUUGUUCAAUCAAGUGUGCUGCCUGAUAUGUUUAAGGCUACAUAUCAGGCAAUCACCAAGGGCAAUCCCAUGUGGAAUCAGUUAUCUGUUCCUUCGGGCACUCUGUAUGCUUGGGACCCCAAAUCAACAUACAUACAUGAGCCACCAUAUUUCAAAAGCAUGACUAUGUCUCCUCCUGGACCACAUGGUGUGAAGGAUGCUUACUGCUUGCUCAACUUCGGGGACAGUAUUACAACUGAUCACAUUUCACCAGCUGGCAGCAUCCACAAGGACAGUCCUGCUGCUAGAUACCUCAUGGAGCGUGGGGUCGAUAGAAGGGACUUCAAUUCCUAUGGAAGUCGUCGUGGUAAUGAUGAAGUGAUGGCAAGGGGCACAUUUGCUAACAUUAGAAUUGUUAACAAACUGUUGGGAGGAGAAGUUGGGCCUAAAACAAUUCAUAUUCCCACUGGAGAGAAACUCUCUGUGUUUGAUGUUGCGAUGAGGUACAAGAGUGAGGGACAUGAUACAGUUAUUUUGGCUGGUGCUGAGUAUGGGAGUGGAAGUUCUCGUGAUUGGGCUGCGAAGGGUCCAAUGCUACUGGGUGUGAAAGCAGUGAUAGCCAAGAGCUUUGAGCGAAUUCAUCGCAGUAAUUUGGUGGGAAUGGGUAUCGUUCCCCUUUGUUUUAAGUCUGGGGAGGAUGCUGAGACACUUGGCUUGACUGGGCAUGAGCGCUACAGCAUCGAUCUUCCUAGCGAUGUGAGUGAGAUUAGACCAGGUCAAGAUGUUACAGUGGUGACAGACAAUGGCAAAUCAUUUACAUGUACCUUGCGUUUUGAUACAGAGGUAAUGAUGGAAACUUAG